AUGAACGAUGCGAUUUACGUACCUGCUCGAGUGGUUGUAGAGGAGCUGGAUAUUAUGAAAACACCAGUAACAACAACACAGUCAACCCAAAAACAAACAUGUGCACAAUGCGACAAUAAAGAUUUUACCAUUGGUUAUUUCUCUGGAUUCGGAUCUUGUGCUGCCUUAGUAGUACUUGCUGUGUUCCUUUACAUUAUUAGACGAAGGUAUCUUGCAAGUAUAAAGCCUCAAGACAACAAAUCAAACAUUGAAAAUCCAACAUAUUAUAACACUAGAAUUGAUUUCGGCGCUGUAAAUGCUGGGUCGGCUGAAAUGACUAAUAAUUACGAGAGUUUGGGUAAUAACAGGACCACGGAUAAUGUAUACAAUGAUCUAGGAACACCAUUGUCAUAGACGCGACAGAAAUGAGUUUUAGUGAUUAACUAGUGAAAACAACAAAAUGAAUUGUUACAGUCAGACUGAUUAUGUGGUUUCUGGGAUCGUUAUGAUCAUCUUAAAGGCUUAUAUAAUCACUUCGAAAACGGCUUAUAUUCAUGAUAAGCUACUUGUAUUAGGGGAUGAAACUCUAUUUCCUUCUAGCAUAUACUAACAUGUAAAAUACGACUAAUGAGUUUUUCAAAAUUAUUGUACCUUGUUAUUUUUUAUAUACGUUUUUUUCUCGAAUAUUUCAAUCCUGAAUUUGCAAUAUGAAAUUUAUACUUAUAUAUAAUAACAACACAUUUUACAUUAUUUGUUUUAUAAUUUGUGGUUAUAACAUGUAUACCAUUAUUCUUGAAAUUAUAUAAUAUACUAAAAGUGUUUGUUGAUAAAGUAUUUUAUCGUAAAUACUUCUGCAUGAUAGUUCCCAAUCAAUUUAUUCUGUUUACCUACAAAUAAGACUGAUACAAUCUGGACAGGGCUUAUACAUUAAAUGCGUCUUUAAAUAUUUUAAUUCAAAUUACGAAAUUUAUAAUGUUAACAGUCGGCUGAACGACAAUUUUGAAAUGGUCGUUGUGAUAUAUUUACGGUAAGAAAAUAAAUGUUAAAACAGCUUUAAGACUAUAUUUCAAAACAUAUCACUUAAAUGUGUUUUAAAUAAAGUUUGUGUAAUUGUUGUUAAGAUAUUUUAUUGGCUUUCAAUCUUGAACAUAUGUUCGACAUCAUUAAGUUAUGAUCAUCUUACUUUUUAUCAAAUAGUGUUCGUUUAUUGUGCUAUAUAGUUUGGUAUUAUUGCUUCAAUAAAUGUACUUCAUGUAAACAAACAUUA